GCUUUCGAUUGGCGAUUAUUGAAAGCAUCAUCAAAAACGGACGGUGUUCAUUCGAGAAUUAUAUGGACAUGUUCGUGGAGCAGUGAUGAUCGAUAUUUUGCGACUGGUGCUCGUGAUAAAAAGGUGGCUUUGUGGAGUGUUGCUGCGAAUGAUAAUGAAGAGAAGUCGACCCAUGUUCAAAUCGCUUUACAAAGUAAGCGAUCCGAAUCUGUGACGGCUAUCGCAUUCUGUCCCUGCCUUCUUAAUCAGAGUUACGUCUUGGCCAUAGGUCUUGAGAAUGGUCAGAUUGAACUGGUCGCUUGGAAUCCUUCAAUCGGAACGGCAACAGAUCUUUCGCUUUUGGCUAGUUUGGAUGGAUGCCGCGCACAUUCUCAAACAAUCGCACGAUUGAGAUUCCGGCCGAAACCCGGAAAAUGGAUGUCUGUGUGUGAGAGUGAGAAAUCGACGAAUGAGAAUAUUUAUGAGUUGGCUUCAGUUGCCAAUGAUAACGCCGUGAAAGUUCACCGAAUUCAUCUAUUAAACUGA